AUGGCUCAGCCAAAUGCCGAGCCCGUGGAGGACUACGAUUAUGAAUCGCUCCCACCCAACUUCUCGUUGCUGCAGAACAUGACGGCCGGUGCUUUCGCCGGUAUCGCCGAGCACUGCGCAAGUGAGCAGGCGCUGCAUCCUUACCAUACCAACGUUCCCGCCAGCCGAUGUGACAGCGCCGCUGACCAGUUCCACCGUGACGCGCAGACACGCAUGCAGCUCCUCAACCCCUCCUCCACCAAUGUCGGGACGGGAGUGAUGCAAGCCACAUACCGGAUGGCGAAGGCCGAGGGGGUCUUGAGUUUAUGGCGGGGGAUGUCCAGCGUGAUCGUUGGGGCGGGCCCUGCCCACGCUGUCUAUUUCGCGACUUAUGAAGCUGUCAAACAUGUUAUGGGCGGAAACCAAGCCGGUGUCCACCACCCUCUCGCCGCCGCGACCAGCGGCGCAUGCGCAACGAUUGCCAGCGAUGCGUUGAUGAACCCCUUUGACGUCAUCAAGCAAAGAAUGCAGAUCCAGAACUCGGCGAAGAUGUACCGCUCCAUGCUCGACUGCGCGAAAUACGUCUACAGGCAGGAGGGUCUUGCUGCUUUUUACGUCUCCUACCCGACAACCCUUUCCAUGACCGUCCCCUUCACGGCGCUCCAGUUCCUAGCCUACGAGUCCAUCUCGACCUCGAUGAAUCCGAGCAAGAAUUACGAUCCCGUGACGCACUGUCUGGCGGGGGCGGUAGCGGGAGGCUUUGCUGCCGCGCUCACGACGCCCAUGGACGUGAUCAAGACGAUGCUCCAGACGCGGGGUAGUGCAGCGGAUACCGAACUCAGGACAGUCAAUGGUUUCAUGGCCGGCUGCCGGUUAUUGUACCAAAGAGAGGGCGCCCGUGGCUUUUUCAAGGGCGUGCGGCCGAGGGUCUUGACGACCAUGCCCAGCACAGCCAUUUGCUGGUCCGCCUAUGAGGCGUCGAAGGCCUACUUCAUCCACCAGAAUACCAAGUCGGCGUCCAAGUCGGCGUCAUGA